AGCGGCGUCGCGGGGGCGGGGCUCGGGAAAGUCCCGUGCCAGCGGGCGUGUGGCCGCGGGUUUCGCACGGCCCAAUAAGGGAGGGCGGCGUGGCCCGGCCUGGUAGCGACGAGGAUGCGCCUGCGCAGAGGCGGCAGCACCACCGGGGUUGACUCCGGGGGCGCGGCGAGGAGAGACAUGAGGCUGAGCUGGGUCCGGGUCCUGACAGUACUGUCCAUCUGCCUGAGCGCCGUGGCCACGGCCACGGGGGCCGAGGGCAAAAGGAAGCUGCAGAUCGGGGUCAAGAAGCGGGUGGACCACUGUCCCAUCAAAUCGCGCAAAGGGGAUGUCCUGCACAUGCACUACACGGGGAAGCUGGAAGAUGGGACAGAGUUUGACAGCAGCCUGCCCCAGAACCAGCCCUUUGUCUUCUCCCUUGGCACAGGCCAGGUCAUCAAGGGCUGGGACCAGGGGCUGCUGGGGAUGUGUGAGGGGGAAAAGCGCAAGCUGGUGAUCCCAUCCGAGCUGGGGUAUGGAGAGCGGGGAGCUCCCCCAAAGAUUCCAGGCGGUGCAACCCUGGUGUUUGAGGUGGAGCUGCUCAAAAUCGAGCGACGAACUGAGCUGUAACCAGACUGGGGAGGGGCAGGGGGAGAGGCCCCCAUCAGGGACCAGACUGUUCCAAAAACAAAAAAAAACAAAAAACAAAAACAAACAAACAAAAACACUUAAAAGCCCAA